AUGUCAGUCUGUCCAGGUCUGGGUCCAUAUGUGAGUCUGUCCCAGUCUGGGUCAGCAUGUGAGUCUGGGUCAGUCUGUCCAGGUCUGGGUCCACACGUGAGUCUGUCUCAGGGACCCCCCCUCAGCGGCCCCGUGCACCCGAACGAAGGCACCAGAGGAUCGGACACACACCUGCCUGUCCCCGGGGUCUCACGGAGAGCGCCUCUGAGCGCACUGCUGCCUCUGCCGGCCAGAGGAGGUACUGCAGGCCAGAGGAGGUACUGCAGGCCAGAGGAGGUACUGCAGGCCAGAGGAGGUACUGCAGGCCAGAGGAGGUGCUGCAGGUCAGAGGAGGUACUGCAGGCCAGAGGAGGUACUGCAGGCCAGAGGAGGUACUGCAGGCCAGAGGAGGUGCUGCAGGUCAGAGGAGGUGCUGCAGGUCAGAGGAGGUGCUGCAGGUCAGAGGAGGUUCUGCAGGUCAGAGGAGGUACUGCAGGUCAGAGGAGGUACUGCAGGCCAGAGGAGGUGCUGCAGGCCAGAGGAGGUACUGCCGGCCAGAGGAGGUACUGCAGGUCAGAGGAGGUACUGCAGGCCAGAGGAGGUGCUGCUGGUCAGAGGAGGUACUGCAGGUCAGAGGAGGUACUGCAGGUCAGAGGAGGUCAGAGGAGGGGCUGCAGGCCAGAGGAGGUGCUGCAGGCCAAAGGAGGUGCUGCAGGUCAGAGGAGGUACUGCAGGCCAGAGGAGGUGCUGCUGGUCAGAGGAGGUGCUGCAGGUCAGAGGAGGUACUGCAGGCCAGAGGAGGUGCUGCUGGUCAGAGGAGGUGCUGCAGGCCAGAGGAGGUGCUGCUGGUCAGAGGAGGUACUGCAGGCCAGAGGAGGUGCUGCAGGUCAGAGGAGGUGCUGCCGGUCAGAGGAGGUGCUGCAGGUCAGAGGAGGUGCUGCAGGUCAGAGGAGGUACUGCAGGUCAGAGGAGGUGCUGCGGUCAGAGGAGGUGCUUCAGGUCAGAGGAGGUACUGCAGGUCAGAGGAGGUACUGCAGGUCAGAGGAGGUGCUGCAGGUCAGAGGAGGUACUGCAGGUCAGAGGAGGUACUGCAGUCAGGGAGGUGCUACAGGUCAGAGGAGGUACUGCAGGCCAGAGGAGGUGCUGCUGGUCAGAGGAGGUACUGCGGCAGAGGAGGUACUGCAGGCCAGAGGAGGUGCUGCAGGCCAGAGGAGGUGCUGCAGAUCAGAGGAGGUGCUGCAGGUCAGAGGAGAUGCUGCAGGUCAGAGGAGGUACUGCAGGUCAGAGGAGGUGCUGCAGGUCAGAGGAGGUACUGCAGGUCAGAGGAGGUACUGCAGGCCAGAGGAGGUACUGCAGGCAGAGGAGGUACUGCAGGUCAGAGGAGGUACUGCAGGCCAGAGGAGGUGCUGCUGGUCAGAGGAGGUGCUGCAGGUCAGAGGAGGUGCUGCAGGCCAGAGGAGGUACUGCAGGCCAGAAGAGGUGGCUGCAGGCCAGAGGAGGUACUGCAGGCCAGAGGAGGUGCUGCUGGUCAGAGGAGGUACUGCAGGUCAGAGGAGGUACUGCAGGCCAGAGGAGGUGCUCGCUGGUCAGAGGACGUACUGCCGGCCAGAGGAGGUACUGCAGGCCAGAGGAGGUACUGCAGGCCAGAGGAGGUACUGCAGGUCAGAGGAGGUACUGCAGGCCAGAGGAGGUACUGCCGGCCAGAGGAGGUGCUGCAGGUCAGAGGAGGUACUGCAGGCCAGAGGAGGUGCUGCUGGUCAGAGGAGGUACUGCAGGUCAGAGGAGGUACUGCAGGCCAGAGGAGGUACUGCAGGUCAGAGGAGGUACUGCAGGUCAGAGGAGGUACUGCAGGCCAGAGGAGGUACUGCAGGUCAGAGGAGGUACUGCAGGUCAGAGGAGGUACUGCAGGCCAGAGGAGGUGCUGCUGGUCAGAGGAGGUGCUGCAGGCCAGAGGAGGUGCUGCAGGUCAGAGGAGGUGCUGCAGGCCAGAGGAGGUGCUGCAGGUCAGAGGAGGUACUGCAGGCCAGAGGAGGUACUGCAGGCCAGAGGAGGUACUGCAGGUCAGAGGAGGUGCUGCAGAUCAGAGGAGGUACUGCAGGCCAGAGGAGGUACUGCAGGUCAGAGGAGGUACUGCAGGCCAGAGGAGGUGCUGCUGAUCAGAGGAGGUACUGCAGGUCAGAGGAGGUACUGCAGACCAGAGGAGGUGCUGCAGGUCAGAGGAGGUACUGCAGGUCAGAGGAGAGGAGGUACUGCCGGCCAGAGGAGGUACUGCAGGCCAGAGGAGGUACUGCAGGUCAGAGGAGGUACUGCAGGCCAGAGGAGGUGCUGCUGGUCAAAGGAGGUGCUGCAGGUCAGAGGAGGUACUGCAGGCCAGAGGAGGUACUGCAGGUCAGAGGAGGUACUGUAGGUCAGAGGAGGUACUGCAGGCCAGAGGAGGUGCUGCAGGUCAGAGGAGGUGCUGCAGGUCAGAGGAGGUACUGCAGGCCAAAGGAGGUGCUGCAGGUCAGAGGAGGGGCUGCAGGCCAGAGGAGGUACUGCAGGUCAGAGGAGGUACUGCAGGUCAGAGGAGGUGCUGCUGGUCAGAGGAGGUACUGCAGGUCAGAGGAGGUGCUACAGGUCAGAGGAGGUACUGCAGGUCAGAGGAGGUGCUGCAGGUCAGAGGAGGUACUGCAGGUCAGAGGAGGUGCUGCAGGUCAGAGGAGGUACUGCAGGUCAGAGGAGGUGCUGCCGGUCAGAGGAGGUGCUGCAGGUCAGAGGAGGGGCUGCAGGUCAGAGGAGGUACUGCAGGUCAGAGGAGGUGCUGCCGGUCAGAGGAGGUACUGCAGGCCAGAGGAGGUACUGCAGGUCAGAGGAGGUACUGCAGGUCAGAGGAGGUACUGCAGGCCAGAGGAGGUACUGCAGGUCAGAGGACGUACUGCCGGCCAGAGGAGGUACUGCAGGCCAGAGGAGGUACUGCAGGCCAGAGGAGGUGCUGCAGAUCAGAGGAGGUGCUGCAGGUCAGAGGAGGUACUGCAGGCCAGAGGAGGUACUGCAGGUCAGAGGAGGUACUGCAGGCCAGAGGAGGUGCUGCAGGUCAGAGGAGGUGCUGCAGGUCAGAGGAGGUACUGCAGGCCAAAGGAGGUGCUGCAGGUCAGAGGAGGGGCUGCAGGCCAGAGGAGGUACUGCAGGCCAAAGGAGGUGCUGCAGGUCAGAGGAGGUACUGCAGGUCAGAGGAGGUACUGCAAGUCAGAGGAGGUACUGCAGGUCAGAGGAGGUGCUGCUGGUCAGAGGAGGUACUGCAGGUCAGAGGAGGUGCUGCAGGUCAGAGGAGGUACUGCAGGUCAGAGGAGGUGCUGCAGGUCAGAGGAGGUACUGCAGGUCAGAGGAGGUGCUGCAGGUCAGAGGAGGUACUGCAGGUCAGAGGAGGUGCUGCCGGUCAGAGGAGGUGCUGCAGGUCAGAGGAGGUGCUGCAGGUCAGAGGAGGUGCUGCAGGUCAGAGGAGGUACUGCAGGUCAGAGGAGGUGCUGCCGGUCAGAGGAGGUACUGCAGGCCAGAGGAGGUACUACAAGUCAGAGGAGGUACUGCAGGCCAGAGGAGGUACUGCAGGUCAGAGGACGUACUGCCGGCCAGAGGAGGUACUGCAGGCCAGAGGAGGUACUGCAGGCCAGAGGAGGUGCUGCAGGUCAGAGGAGGUACUGCAGGCCAGAGGAGGUACUGCCGGCCAGAGGAGGUGCUGCAGGUCAGAGGAGGUACUGCAGGCCAGAGGAGGUGCUGCUGGUCAGAGGAGGUACUGCAGAUCAGAGGAGGUACUGCAGGCCAGAGGAGGUGCUGCAGGUCAGAGGAGGUACUGCAGGCCAGAGGAGGUACUGCAGGUCAGAGGACGUACUGCCGGCCAGAGGAGGUGCUGCAGGUCAGAGGAGGUGCUGCAGGUCAGAGGAGGUACUGCAGGCCAGAGGAGGUACUGCCGGCCAGAGGAGGUGCUGCAGGUCAGAGGAGGUACUGCAGGCCAGAGGAGGUGCUGCUGGUCAGAGGAGGUACUGCAGGCCAGAGGAGGUGCUGCAGGUCAGAGGAGGUACUGCAGGUCAGAGGAGGUACUGCAAGUCAGAGGAGGUGCUACAGGUCAGAGGAGGUACUGCAGGCCAGAGGAGGUGCUGCUGGUCAGAGGAGGUACUGCCGGCCAGAGGAGGUACUGCAGGCCAGAGGAGGUACUGCAGGUCAGAGGAGGUACUGCAGGCCAGAGGAGGUGCUGCUGGUCAGAGGAGGUACUGCAGGUCAGAGGAGGUACUGCAGGCCAGAGGAGGUACUGCAGGUCAGAGGAGGUACUGUAGGUCAGAGGAGGUACUGCAGGCCAGAGGAGGUGCUGCAGGUCAGAGGAGGUGCUGCAGGUCAGAGGAGGUACUGCAGACCAAAGGAGGUGCUGCAGGUCAGAGGAGGGGCUGCAGGCCAGAGGAGGUACUGCAGGCCAAAGGAGGUGCUGCAGGUCAGAGGAGGUACUGCAGGUCAGAGGAGGUACUGCAGGUCAGAGGAGGUACUGCAAGUCAGAGGAGGUGCUACAGGCCAGAGGAGGUACUGCAGACCAGAGGAGGUGCUGCUGGUCAGAGGAGGUACUGCCGGCCAGAGGAGGUACUGCAGGCCAGAGGAGGUACUGCAGGUCAGAGGAGGUACUGCAGGCCAGAGGAGGUGCUGCUGGUCAGAGGAGGUACUGCAGGUCAGAGGAGGUGCUGCAGGUCAGAGGAGGUACUGCAGGCCAGAGGAGGUGCUGCAGGUCAGAGGAGGUGCUGCAGGUCAGAGGAGGUACUGCAGGCCAAAGGAGGUGCUGCAGGUCAGAGGAGGGGCUGCAGGCCAGAGGAGGUACUGCAGGCCAAAGGAGGUGCUGCAGGUCAGAGGAGGUACUGCAGGUCAGAGGAGGUGCUGCAAGUCAGAGGAGGUGCUGCAGGUCAGAGGAGGUACUGCAGGUCAGAGGAGGUGCUGCAGGUCAGAGGAGGUGCUGCAGGUCAGAGGAGGUGCUGCAGGUCUCUUUGA